AUGCCAAAUCCACCUUCUACAGCCAGCUCCCAGGCACCACGGACUGGGCAGCCCCAGAUCUCCACAACCGCUCUGCAGCUUCCUCCUGAAAAACCAAACAAGUAUUUCUCCUGCUGUACGGUCCCAAGGUUGAGGGCGCGGGGAUCCCGGCGGCGGGACAAAGCGGGACGAGGCUGUGGGAGGGGGCGCUACCGGGGCGGCCCGGGAGCCGGACUUCUGAAGCCACCAAACCCGCUGCUAAGCACUCCCGCUGGGGUUCGGAGGGCGCUCGAUGGGCACCAAACAUCUCCCCCCUCUGGAAGGAACCGCCGGGAAGCGCGUCCAACUUCGGAAACCGCGGGCUUCCCCGCGGCAGGGGAGGGCCGAGCCCAGCCCCUCCUCCCCGCCGCCGCGCUGGGGGCGCCUUCCCGGCCGACCCGCGGCCGCCGCCCCCGCGCAGGCGCCGGGGGCCCGGGUUCGAGGCUGCGGACUCCCCUCGGGCAGCGAGCUGCUCCCGGCUCCACAAAUCGCUCGGCCGCCGCCGGGCCGCCGCCCACCCCGGGACUGAAGGUAACGCGCCGCGGAAACGUGGCAGGAGCCUCGAGGCGGCGGCGCCCCGUCCCGCUCCCGCCGGGGGUCGCGCGGCAGCCCUCGCCGGCCGCCCCCGACCCCCUACCUCCCUGCGCGCCGAGCCGGAGCCCAGGCAGCCGGCUCGAUCCGCACUGCUCCCCGGGCCCCGCGCGCCGCCCGCCCGCGAGCCCUCGACGUGGCCGCAGGGCCGCCGGACCCCCUCCCGCCGCUGCCCUCAGCCCCGCCAUGUCCGCCUACCCCCGCCCGCUCUCCUCACCACAGCCGCCGCCGCCGCUCGGGGGCUGCAGAUCGGGCGGCCCCGACCGUCUCCGAGGCGGGAACCGAGGGCGCCGCCUCAGCGGGCCGGCACUGGGCGGCAGGGAACGCGGCGAGUCUCGUCCGGCGCGUGCGGCUCCCGCGUCGUCGGACGGCUGA